UGCCGUCCUGCAGGUGGCAGUGCAAAUUGGCGUCUUGUCAUUGUCAGUGAGAGUUUAGUGCAUUUUCUGAAUUUUUCUUAGUAUUUUGGCCACAUUUCUGCUGAAAAAGUGUCUAAUUCGACCACCGAACUGUCCCUGCAGAUAAACAAUGGAUAAGAAGCGUGUAACGCGGGGAACUUCCGAUUCGCACGGCAGAAAGGGCUCGCGAUAUGGCUCGAAGAAGCGAUCACCAUCGCCGGAGGUGAUUAGAAAGUAUCCGGCCAGAAGGUCCCCCGGAGCGAAGCGUUCGCUGUCGCCGAAAGAUGCAAAGGCACGCAAAGCGUCCAAGUCGCCGCGCCGGGAGACCAAGAAGCCGUCGAAGAAGGAGGAGGAGUCGCCCAAGGAGCGGAAAAAGGGACACACAUCGCCCAAGAGUGCGGAGAAGCUGGAAUUGAAGACAACCGGAUCGACCUCUUCCGUCACCACGCAGUCCACCAGCAAGACGGUGACGCUGUCGCGCGGAGCGGAGGAUGCCGACUUGAAGAUGGGGGGCAAGGUGUUGACUGUGCGCCUGUCGCAGGAGCCGAGAACACUGACGCCGGCCUCUGAGCUGUCGCGCCGCAGUGUGAGCCGGUCAGUUAGCCAGAGUGUGGACCGUUUCUCGCACACAGAGUUCUCAGACAAUGAAAACGAGUAUGGGAAGGACACGGGCUUCGACUUCGGCAAUGAUCUGGCCACGUCGUACGUGCAGAGAGGCAAAAGUCUCCCGGCGGACAAGAGAGGCAGUUUGAGGCCCUCUGCUGCCGUGUUGCACCUGGUGUUCGUGACCAUAUUCACGCUCGUCCUCUCGUACUUCUGCGAGGUGUACAACUGUGGACUGCGCGAGCCCGAGUGGAGCCACCUGUGGAAUCUGAAAAUGUCGAUAAACUACCAACUGGCCGGACUCUUCAUCUCCUUCAAUGUUCUCGUGGCUCUGCUGGCGUCCUUCCCGCUCGGCAGGAUCGUGAACAUGUACACGGAGCGCGGCCAGAAUGUCUACUACUUCAACGGCCUGGGCACGGCAGUGGUUGCGACUGGCUGCGUGGCACUGGCGGAGUACUUCAAGUAUCGAGUGAUGGACUUGGUGCUCGCACACCAGUUCCAGCUCUGUGUCUUGUCCCUGAUCAACGGACUGUCGCUGUCCCUGUAUCUGUUCUUCCGCUCCAAGAAGAUGCCGGAGUUCUUGUGGAAUCCACAAGCGAAGACCGGAAAUCAACUCGUGGACUUCAUGAUGGGCAGAGAAGUGUCGCCGCUCUGGUUCGAUCGCAUUGACAUCAAACUCGUGCAGCGACGCAUAUCAAUUCUGCUGACGCUCAUGAUCGCGGGCAGCUACUUCUACAGAAGUGUCAGGUUUGGGAUGCGGAAGGGUAUGUUACAGAGUGACAUCCCCUUGGUGGACCUCGUUCUGGGGUUCGUGGACAGAAUACACUACAAUCAUGCAAUCGCCAUGACUUCGGGACUCCUGGUUUUCUACCUACUGGAUCUGCUUCUGCACGAGCAUCAUCUCACGAGCUCAUAUGAGCUGCAGUACGAAGGACUCGGAAGCUUCCUGCUGCUUACAUACUCUAGUUUCCCCUUCUUGAUCACCACCAUACCAAGACUCGUCAUCGCUCCGAGUGACGAAGAAAUACCGAAUUGGUUUCUUGUCGCCGUCGCAGUUCUCUUUAUCGCCGGCGUCGUGGUGAAGAGAUUGGCCGACAAGUUCAAAUACGAGUUCAGACUGAAUCCGCAACAUGAGAAGUUCGAGAAUGUCGAAGCCAUCCCGACACACCAGAACAAGGAGCUGCUGGUGUCCGGACUUUGGGGCUUCGUGCGCCAUCCGAACCACCUGGGCGAGAUGAUCUCGGUGCUGUCGUUCUUUUCGCUGUUGUACGCCAAGUUUGGCUGGGUGCCAUUCUUGAGUGGGCUCCAUCUCGUGCUGUUGCAACUCAAUCGCAUGCGGCGCGUGGAGAGGCACUGCGACAAUCGCUACAUGUCCUCCUGGAAGCGCUACACGAACAUCGUGCCGAAUCUGAUCAUGCCGAAGGUCUACUAGAGACGCGCGGCGCUCAGGCUCACAACACUUAAAGCGGUAUCCGAAUAGAAGAUGAAUCUUAGCAUAUUAUUAUAAGGUGGUAAAAUUGCAGAUAAACUUCGCAUGUUUUUAAGGAUCUUUCUUUAAUUGAUGAUAGAUUUUAAGGGACUCAAAAUAGGACAGGUUAGGAAAUGGAGAAAAAACAGCCAAUCAAAUCCUCUCUUUUAAUAAUGUGUGAAUCAAUAUUGAUUUUAAAUAAGGAAAAAAGCAUUUUAUUUAAAACAUUAUUAAUGGUGGGGAAGAAGAAAAAAAAAGCGAAAAGAAGUUGAGUGCCAUGAAGAGUACAAAAUUUUUAAAUAACAAUUAAUUAAAGUGAUUAAAUGAGGAAAAGAAAAUGGAUAUGAAAAAUGAAAUCAGUGACAAUUAACAAGUAAUUUUGUUCUCUUAAUAUUUUUUUCUCUUAAACUAACAAUAUUUUCCCAGUAUUUUUUUGCGUUUAAUUAACAAAGCCGUAUUUCUUGUCUUAAUGAUUUUUACAGUGAGAGUGAGAUAUUUUAAUGUUUUUUUUUUGGCUAAAUUGGAUCCGGGUCGGAUUGGCGCUUGCAAUUUUUUAUAAUAAUUAUUUUAUGUGUUAAACAAAGAGAUUAAACAGCAUAAUUUCGAAGGACAAUUUGUGAGGCUCAACAUGCAAAUGACAAUAGUAAAAAAAGAAAGAAAGAAGAAUGAGGAGGAAAAGUGGUUACUUUAGGAGUUCAAUGAUCACAAAGUGAAGGAGUUAUUUUAAGCCAUUAGGAGAAUUUUUUUAUGCGUUCUUUUAAUACUUUAAUCCGGCCUUGGCUUUAAAUGAUUUUAUUUUAUUCUAAUUAAUAUAAUUUCUCUAGCGACAUAAUCAUAAAAGUACGAAUUGUAAGGAUUAGACGAUAGUUAGUGUUAAUUGUACGUUUGUUUUCUUGCAAACUAAAGCAAAAAUGUAAGAAAAGGUCAAUGUGAGGUUUUAAAAGUAUAUAUAUAUAAAUAUUUAGUGAAGGAAAAAAAACUAUUAAGAUAAAUCCAGUAAGAGAAAAAUAUUUUCAAUUCUUAGCGCAAUAAUAUUUUUAUAUUAGAUGAAUUGUAAUCAAAUGAUUUUCGCUAAUGUUUUCAAUUUUUUUUCUCUCUCUUAUAUAAAAAAAAGUCCUUUCAAUGUGUGUAAAUAUCCAAAGUAUAUCACAAUGAGUAGGACCGUGACAAAGGCAAACAAACCACCCAGUGAAGGAUGUUUUAACGGAUAAAAAAAAGAGUGUGUUUUUUUGUAGAUUUUAUAAUGCUAUAAUUCUUAAGAUUUCAUCUCUUCACAAAUUUGAUUCUAAAUCGUUUUUUUGAGUCUCUUAAGUGUAAAUAUAGGAAGUUUUCUGUCA